UCUUUCCUUGCUUGCUCAGUUCCGUCUGUGUCGUCUGUGAUCAGCUGUUUGUUACCAUCGUUCCCUUUUUCCCUUGGCUGCCCGACCGGCCACCUGAAAAUGUUUCGAAUUGGGUUAAAAUUUCCGUGCAACGGUAUAAAUCGGGCAUGUAAGGUAAAAAAACAAGGCUUAUCGAGACUUUACCUCACUGCAAGGUACUACGAAACACGAGUACGCAUAAAAUGUGAACCCGAAGGAAGACUUCUCAAGGACGUAAAACUUAUGUCCAGACUUUCUGGACCUAAGUAUUCGACCGAAUCUUCAAAAAGCGAGAAAACUCGAGGGUCAGGUGGUCUAGUAACGUUAGGGGCUCUCACUCUUGGUACACUGGGAAUCCUAGCAUAUGCAAAAAAUGACCCAUCAUUCAGAGCAACUUUAGAAGAAUGGGUACCUGGUACAAAUAAGGCGAUUCGAAUAAUAUUUCAGGAGGAAGAUUCAUACUUGAACUUCCUUCUUGAGUUCUUCGAAUCGCUCAAGCAAACGUUACUAGGGGCUAUUUUUGGCGAAGAAAAAGAGACCCCGAAGGACAAGCCAAGAUUAGACUCACCAAAACCAGCUUUUGAACCUUUGGUUGGUAAAAAGGAGCCGCCGAUCAAUGAACCUUACAGUGAAAUACGCUUGAGCAGUGAACUUGGAGAGGAAAUCAAAGUCGUUGCUGAGAAGCCUGCUCCGCCGCCCAAGGAUGUCCGGACUGAAUUAUUGCCGGCCAACCUUGUCGAACUAGAAGCUAGUUGCGGGCAGUCAGCUUCGCAGGCAAUCGAAGCCUACAAAAAAGCAGCUUGUGCCAUUCAAGACUAUAACAAAGAAGUAGUCAAAAUUGUCGAAAAUUCUGGAAACAUGGUUGGAGGACAAGUUUGGGACAGAUUAAAGGAGGCAACUAACAAAAGAAAAGAGGCGCUGAAAGUGGCGGAAUCAAGUGCCGAAGAAGCUUUGCAGUCUCUGAAAACUAUGUACAGCUUAAUCGAUGAUCCGAGUUUGGAAGCUACGCCAGUUGUGAAAGCAGUCGCACGGCGAAAUAUCAAGACAAUAGUCGACGAUGUAGAUCAGGCUAAGCAACAGUUCGAAAAAGAAGUUCAAAGCUCAAAUAUCACCGAGCGGUACUGGCAGCAAGUAGCGAAAGCAAGAAGUAAGUUCGAAGAGGAGCUCGAAAUCCUGUUUCCCAACGUUAAUAUUGCCGAGAAAAAAUUCUCCGUAGACGCGGAGUCCUUUGAUUUAUUCGUUCUGCACAUGUACAACAAAGUGAACAUGCUUCAAAAGGAACUCGAAAGACUUCAGACUGUAAACGACAUCAAAUUGGCCCAGGCGUUGAGAUCGGGUGGCGACGAGGCCGAGCUGGCGAAGAUCGAGGCUCAAAUCAACAACGAAAUUAACAAGCAAAAGCGCAUCCUUCACGAAGAGUUUUCGAAGAAGAGCCUCGAGGAGAAGAGGAAGUUCAACGAGGAGUUGAGGACGCAGUUGAAACUGCAGGCGCAAAUACACGCCGAUCAUUUGCGCGAUGCGUUGGCUCAGAAGAACGUGGAAACCCAGAGGCUGAUCAAUCGAACUUUGAACGAACGGGUCGAGGCGGAAGCUGCCCAAUACAAAUUACAGCUAGCCGCGGUAGUCGGUAGACUUCAAGGACUCGACGCCGCACUCAAGGCCCGCAUAGAGCAAGAAAAGUCAUCGUCGAACGCCCAACUGCUUUGGGGCGCCUGCCAGACCCUCGCAAGGGCGGUUAAGGUCGCACCACCUGGUGCCAAAGCGGAAGACGUCGUCAGGCCGUUAAACGCCGAGAUAAGAGCAGUGGAAAAAUCCGCAUCUGGUUCUGAUCCUCUGGUAAAAGCGGUUAUCAAUGGCAUCCCCGAGGAAGCUUCGAAGCGAGGAGUCUUCCCGGAGGACAUCCUUCGGGAGAGGUUCCUCAAGGUAGAACAUAUGGCGAGGAGGCUGGCUCUGGUACCGGAAGAAGGCGCAUCCUUACCAAUUUACCUGCUCAGCUACCUUCAGAAUUUCCUCCUGGUUAAGGCGAUCGGCCCGAUCCCCAAGGCGGAGCUUGACGACGAGCCCAUUGAUCCCGAAAAGCUCACCACUUACGACGUCCUGCAGCGAGCUAGGUACUGGGUGGACCGCGGUAAUUUCAAGAUGACCCUUCGUUACAUGAAUCUGUUGAAGGGCGCGUCGAGGGCGGUGGCAAACGACUGGAUGAACGAGGCUAGAAUUUUAUUAGAAACUCAGCAGGCCGUGGACACGCUAAUCGCCCACGCAGGAGCCGCUGGUUUAGUAUUUCUGGGCGGUGGAGAUUCCGGCGAGGUAAAGCGCGAAACGAAAAUUCUGCCAAGAAGUAGGUGAACCCAAGGGGUAUAUAUAUAUAUGUAUAUGAAUGCAUACGUAAGUGCUGCAGCUUUUGAAGAAAAUAAAGAGAUAAAUUUGAGCCAGCCUUACUCUGUACAGUUUUUAGUAAAAAUUGCCGAACGAAAGCGAGUGCCGGAAUAAUUUUAAAUCAUGGUAAAGCAAUUUUAAACAGAAAUCAAAUAAACAAAUAAAACUAUCAAUCGAACUUGAGAUAUAUAUUGCCACGUACGAUUCAACGUGCUGCAGGUUCGAUCGUAUUUAGUCAGUUGGAUCGCGAGAACGAAUAAACCGUUAACCACCUCUCCGAUAAGUAGAAAAAAACGAGUUGAAGAAUUACAGCAAAGUCGAUGGAAGAAACUGAACGGAAAAAAAAAAAAAAAACCCAAUUAUAUACAUCAAUUGCAAAGGCAUGUGUUCUGUUCUUUGAUUAAUAAAAAUGCAAAUAGUAUUAAUUAGAAAUCUCCUCUCGAUUAAUUAAUUGAUAUUAUUAUUGUUCACGUUUGUAUGUAAAGAAA